AUGGGAGAACAGCCAGGCCUAACAGAGAAGGAAAUCGACGCGGAGAACACCAUUGAGGAGCCGACCCCUACAGCCAAGGAAGAAUGCGGUGAUCCAAAAACCGCUGAAGAAGACCAACAAAAGACGACGGGAGCGGACUCCAGCUCUGAAGAAUGGCAACACCUUGAUAAUACUGUCCCCGACGAGGCAUCUUCUUCGCUUGGUUGUCCUGCGAAUAAAGACCUAGAGGGCACUAUACCAGAUGACUCCCAGAAAGGCUUGGUGGAAGAGAGUACCAAUACGGAUAACACGCCAACAUGCAGCGAUACAACAAAGGAAGGAAGCCAACUAGGUGAUGACGACGUCAUUGAAACACAUGUUGACGAAAGUGGACCAACAGUCACAAGUUUGUCUUGCGAAAGCAAAGACGUCGACCAGAGCAAUUCAACUUCUAAUCACGAAAAACUUGACAAAGAGGUGAACUUAUCUGAUGGCAACGAGAAGGGGACCAAUGCAGAAGGAGAAGACAGCGAAACUCACGAACCCGAAUACACUAACGUCGACGACAACCAAGUCGAUGGCCCAUCUGACAACCAAGCUUACAAGAUCAACGAGAAUGUUGGCAACACAAUGAAUGGCGACCAAGUCGAUGAAGAAAUUGCCGAAGGAACGAACGAUAACGGGAUUCGUCAUAACAGUGAGGGGGAGAGUAGUGAUACUCAAAAUGACGGAUAUAACGGUGAAGAAGACAACAGCCAGCGCGAUGACGAUGACGAAGACACCAAGUCUGUCUCCAGCACAGAUAGCAACUACUUUUUCAAAACAUGGAGGUAUUUACCAGAAGACGAAGACAUUGCUGAAGGGAAUGAGAUGGACCUGAAGUUUGAUGAUCAAGCCAUUGAAGACCUUGAAGCCAACGUGAACGACAUGGACGAUGAAUCGCCCUCCCGCUUGGAAUGGCUUAGACAGAAACGGCUGCUAGCUGGGCUGCAGCUAUCCAAGAAUGAACAGCGCCUUGAACGGUUGAUGGAUCGUGUACUGUGUCUGAUUGGCCAGGAGAAUAUCAAGGCUCAAUUUCUGGCCCUUAAAGCCAGAAUUGAAGCAGAUAAGGCGCGGGGCGAAGACUUCAAAAAUGCCCAUCAUGACAUAAUGAUCACUGGAAGCAUAGGAACCGGUCAGUUUAUUUCCGGAAUUGCGUGA